GCCUUUUGCCAAUGUCGAGUUAAAAACGGGGAAACGGGAAUUGAGGAAAAUUGCCUAAUAUCGGAAUUUGGAAAGGAUUUGGAUCAGGAAAAUAAGGAUAUAAAACAGGGAAAAUAAACAUUAUUAUACACAUACAUAAAAAUUAAGUUUACAAACAUCAUAACUUUAAACUAUUUACAGAAAUAAAAGAGGCUAUACAAUUAUAUACAUGAACAUCUUUGUGAAACAGGAGAGACAUUAUGGAAGUCGGGAAGGGAAUAUGCAAAGAGGAAAGUUUUUGGAUGAAAUCAGAUCGAUCAUAAUUGGGACAAGAAAUGCGAGUUACCUGUCAGAUUUGACAUUCGACAUAGAGCCGUUAGAUAAUCUGUGGGCGGCCCCCACUCUGACUCUGUCUGUCGUUGUCGCGCGCUUUGUAAUAUAAUAAAAUUAUCAAGAAAGUGUUUUAUUUAUUUUAAUACAGCUUUGCUUUGAUUGUAACCGAUCCAAUAAAUGAUUAUCACAAUGUUCUCUUGUAAGAGAAAACUUUCUACGCAAUACAAUACUUUGAAUAAAGUUUUAAGAUUUUAUUGUAAAAGUGCGUCACAUAAUUUAAUGUAUAAUGGGAAGAAGGAUAGGUUCAAUGGCAUCACUGUCGACUUACAGGAAGAGGGAUGCGAUAGUAAUUUUACUAAGAAACUUAAAGAUUCACUAGAUAAAUGGACAGCGGAAGGCAGGAGAUGUAUAUGGUUUAAAGUGAACAUAAAAAACUCCAAUUGUGUUCCAAUAUUAGCACAAAAAGGUUUUAAUUUUCAUCAUGCCAGAGAUGAUUUCCUCAUGAUGUACAAAUGGCUGCCCAAGGAUUCAGAGCCAAACUUACCGCCAGCUUCUCACACAAAUUUGGGUGUUGGUGCCAUGGUGUUCAAUAAGAAAAAUCAACUUUUAGCAAUAUCUGAAAAACACUAUGAAUACCCUCAUUGGAAACUCCCUGGUGGAUAUGUGGAGAAAGGAGAAGAUUUAAUUGAUGCUGCUAUUAGAGAAGUAAAAGAAGAAACAGGUGUGGAUGCUGUAUUCCAGUCAUUAAUUACUUUCAGGCACACCCACAAAAUGAUGUAUGAUAAUUCUGACAUAUACGUGUUACUAAUGAUGUUGGCACUCACAGACAAUAUAUCCAUAUCUGAUAGAGAAGUCAAAGCCUGUAAAUGGAUGGAUGUCCAGGAAUAUACUAACCACCCCCAUGUACAUGAACUGAAUAAGUUAUUUGUACAAAAAGCUCUAGAAUAUAAAAAUACAAAACUAAAAUUAGAUUUAAAAAAGAAGAAAAUAAAUUGGGCCACAAUAUCAAGAGAAAUGAAUUAUUUAGUAUUAGAAGAUGCAAACUAUGAAAAAUAGUUAAAUGUGUUAUUUACUAUAAAUAAAUUGUUAUUAAAUCGGAAUUGUUGUAAAUAAGGGUUUUAUAAUAUUUUUUAUUUCUACAUAAUAUAUUUAUUUUAUGUAUAAAGGAGGUGAGAAAUGGAUUUAUGACUUGUCUUACUUUUUAGAAAAACUUGUUUUGACUUUUUGAGUAGGGUUAUAGCUACCUACUUGCCUGAAUGUUAAUAGUGAAACAAUUAUGUUCUAGUUAAUCCUUAAGUACGAGAGCAAUAAACACUAUGUUAUUCUGAA